AUGUUCUGUUUUCUGUUCCUCUCACAAUGCCUCCCUCAAGUCCAUGUCUUGACCCUGCAGUUUGUGGCUGCACGCAAAGCAACAGCUGGUGCGCUCGUGGUUUGGGCCGAUUUGACCAAGUUUGGUCGCCUGGGUGUGAGCGACUUGAACUUUGUUGUCAGCAUUAUCCACAAAGCUUUGUCCAAAGUCCCGACCAAGGGUGUUGCAAUCUUGAUUGCGCCGCACCUAGUGUCAGAGAAGGUAUCUGGUGGGCAGCGAGGAGACGUUAGGCGAAUAGAGGACAAACUCGAUUCUCGACAAUUGUUGAACCAGCUCAUCACGAUCAGAAUGGAGUGUCCACCAGCCAGCAAGAAGGUCCCCCUCCAAAUGCUCGGGUGGAUUGUGAUGCUGGAGGGCGCCGUUGAGGAGAACAUUUUCAAAGGGAGCCAGCUGAUGACAGACAGGUCGACACGGCAGGCGGUUCCAUGGGCCUCUGAAUCUUCGUACAUCGUGCCAGCUGCAGAGAAAGACUCAUUACCUCAUGCAUCAGAGGGCCAGCGGUCUCUGAGCGAUGUCCAGGAAUCCGCGCAGCUCCUUGCUGGAAGUGACUUUCCGAACGCUGUCCUCACCAGCGUGCUUGGGAAACUGACUGCAACUGCUGGCAUGCUGGUCAAUGUGACCCCUUACGAUGGUUGUCUUGAGACUUGCCUCAUGAAGUGGCACGAGGACAAUGGCAUGAUGAUCGACUACUUGUCUGUCUCCCGCUCUGUUGGCAUCAUCGAGUAUGUUGAGAAGAAGAUUGGUUUUCAUCUUCUCCAGGGCUGGAAGGCAGGGAAUCAUUGCAUGGGUGAUGUCCGUCCCUAUCAACCAGAACCACCAGCUGCACGUGAAGAAGACAAUGUCGAUCCGAAGGACUACGAGUUCAAAUUGGUUGUGUGUGAGGUCAACAACACCAAGAAGGGAUGGGAGAGGUACAAGUUCACUUUGCCUUCACAUGUGAGAAGCAUGUAUGCACGGGACAUCGUGUAUGGUGCAGAUUGGCGAGCUCUUCUACAGGAAUUUGAUGAGAGGUUUGGUGCAAACUCUUCAGCAACAUCGGGAUUGGCACCUCCGCCUGCUCCAGUUGCCCAUCAGGCAGUUCAGGAAGUCAACUGGCCAAACGAACCAUCCACAAUCGACAAUGUCAUGGAGAUUUACCAUGUAGAGGCCAAGGCGACUGGGCGCUUACCAGGAACAACGCUACUCUUGGUUGCUGCCAAAAACCGAGCUGGAAAGACCGAACAUUGUUGCCCAGGCCAACUCUACAAACUCUUUCUGGUUGCUCACAUGGAAGUGGAGAUCCCAGCUGAUGAGUAUGUGAUUUGUCAUGGUACAAGCCGAUUCAUCAACACGCAGAGGAUGGCAGAUCUCAAGAGGAAGGAGAAGACAGACGAGCUGGCCCGGGUGGUGGCCUGCAAGUGGCACAGCGACACCGAGAAGGUAGUGCUUGAAAUCUCUGACCCUACCAAGAAGAAGACCACGGACGCCCAAGUUUGCAGCUGGAGGGAGCUCUUCUCAGAUUUGGAGGAUGAGGGGCAUUUCGAGGUGACUGUCAAUUCCCAUGAUGUGCAAAAGGCUCCAGCCAGCAGUGAAGACACCAGUGAAUUCUACAUCCGGCCCAAGGCCAAUGAGAUGUUUUAUUCUUGGGGCUCAGUGGCAACAAAUGGCAUCAAAUUCGGUUCGAUGGCUUCGGCCUUCACGGGAAGGGAGCGUGAGCGUGACGAACAACAGUUGCGCGCUUCAGCCUCUGUUGCAGCUGACGACACUGAAUCUGCAGUCGCUACAUGGGAUGCUUAUGGGCCUUGCAACUCUGACUGUGACAUGGCGGUGGUUCCAGGUGAGGGGAGCAUCGCGGAGGAGCCCAAACCUGAUGGAUUGGUUCCAGGUGAGGGGUGCAUCACUGAGGAGCCAAAACCUGAUGGUUCCCUCUGCGCUAUGUGCUUGUUCGCAGCCAUGCAGAAGGGGAAGGAAUCAACCAACAUGCAAGUUAAGAAGGCCCUGACGAAAUCCCAACAAAGAUACUUGGAGACUGGGUACAAAGAGUUGGAGAAGCUUACCCACGAAAACUAUGAGCAAUGCCCCUAG